AUGCCUGACUUGACUCACUUCCGCAGACUCCUGGAGGGUACCUUCGAGGCUUUGCCGAAGGUAUGUACCCGCGGAGGUCAUCAGGGACACAUGGAAGACAAGCUGCAUCAUUCAGGUCGCAAGUCGGGCAAAGUUGGAACCACGACAAGUCCUGCCAAAGUGGUUGCCCUGAACGACCGUUCCGAUUUUUCCUCGCUCAACGAUGAGUGUAAAUCUUCACGGAUUGGAAUCAAUCAAUGCCGUACCGAACGCUUAUGA